AUGUGGAAUAGAGCGGGUGCAGUGGUGCGAUUUGUCGCUGUUGGUUGGUUGGUGUUGCUGUUGGGUCAUGCCCCAACAACACAAGGUGUACCAGGCACUAGCCAUGGGUACGAGAUGAAAAGCUUUGCUCAAGCCUACUUAGAGUGUCUGCAGUACCUGAACGUCUCUCGUCAGUCGAUGUAUUCCUACGAUGAAGCAACGCCAGCGGGUAAGUGUCUUAUGAGGUGUAUCGGUUUGAACAUGCGAUGGUGGAACGAUCUGGAGGGUCUCGACGACCCUGCGCUGGUGCGUUUUUUCCGUCGUACGGAUGAGAAGGCGUUGCAGAGGGCUCGCAGUUGUCUGGAGGAGAUACCAGAGUCGUCAGAUGUCUGCGCGGCGGCAUAUACUUCGUUCCGGUGUUACAGCAUCGAGUUAGGUGAGCUCAUCGCUCACCCUCGGUACGUGACCCCACAGAAAACAGAGAUUCGUCAGGCAGUGAUCGACUGUGCGCAGAUGGUUCAGGUGUCGGAAGACCAAUUGUCGACGUAUGUGGCUGCUGAAUCACUCCAGGAUGAUAGUGGAGCAUCUAGUCUGCUGAGAUGUAUCAUUAUUCGGCUCGGACUCUACACAGAUUAUAAAGGAAUAAUGGCUGAUCGACUACAAGCACUAUUCGGUGAGAAUGCUUCCCGGUUAUUGACAGUGGAGCAGGUGGCUCUAGCCAAACAGUGUGAGGUUGACCUCCGUGAAUCUGGUUUGGAUGUUUUUGCACAGGCUGCACAGUCUGUUGAAAUAUGCUACGGUCGAGAGGUUUUGAUAGAGCUAUGGAAGGCACUAACAGAGAGCUACGAUAACACACGUGAUGUGUUUGCCAUUAUGUAG